AUGAGUGCAUAUUUUUGACGACACUCACGAACAAAUCAGUCCCGAGGAGUUGAGCUCUUGAAAGGACUUGAAAACGUUGCACAUUUAUUCUUAAAAAUUGCGGCUAAACGGAGCGUUUAAGUGAGAAAUUUCCUAAACCGAGGUCGAUCUCGGAUUGACAGCGUUUGAGAGAGAAAGAGAGAGGGAGGGAGGAUGUGGGGGAAGAAGAAGGAUAGGGAACCGUGCAAGAAAGAGGCGUGUGACAUCCAAUCGUGUCUUACGAAGAACAAUUUCAUCCCUCAAAGGUGCCUGCAAGUUAUUCAGAAGCUGCAAUUGUGCUGUGAGAAAUGCAAAUACAAUUCGACACAUUGUGCUUCUUUAUCGGACUUGUUGAAGACAAGUACCAAGAAUGGUUAUGCAAAAGUUUGAUUUUUCAUUUUCGUGUAUCAGGGUUGUUGCCAAUUGUAGAUGGAUUUCGAGCCUUAGUUGUCAUUCCAGUAAUCACCCCCUUACAGCCAAGGACUCUCACUGUCUAAUCUCACUACAGCUGCUUCUCUUGUGUUUUCUUAUAGAUAAGUGAAUUCCUUCCUUUUUGACAUGUGCAAGUGCUGAUCUGGACACAGGAGCAACUUGAAGGUGAUUGUAAAAUGCAAAUUCUAUUGUAUGAAAAAAUUCUCCAUCAUCAUCAGUGAAAUCUUGAUAAGUAGUAAUAA